UGUCCUCGCUUUUGACGCUGAGGGUCGAGCCAUUGACUUUGAGGUCUGGGUCGACGACCUGCAGCUGUUCUUACAGUGCGAUAGGGCGGACGGUCUUUCCCUCUUUGACCUCACCUCUGGCGCCUCUCCUGCCCCUGCUGCUGAUGCUGACCCCACUGUUCGCUCUCAGUGGGCCACCCGCGAUGCUGCUGCACGUCUUGCUGUGCGUCGCCACCUGCCUACCACUGAGCGCGCGCACUUUAGUCAGUACAAGAGUGCUCAGACCUUGUACGACGCUGUAGUUGCGCGCUACUCUUCCCCUGCCACUGCUGCCCUGAGCCGCCUCAUGCUACCGGACCACUUCCUCUCAGUCUGUCCCACCACUCUCACUGUCGACCUCCUCGAGAAGUCCCUCCUGGCGGCGGAGAAGAGCAUCGUCGCUGUAGGAGCCUCUCGUGGUGACCCUCGCACCCCCAUCUUUGAGGGGUGUUCUCCUUCCCCCCUGCUGCCCUCUGUUGCCUCUGCUGCUGCUGCCGACCUGCUUGGUCUUGAGUCGGUCUGCGCGGCGUCUGCCCCUAGCGGGAGACGCCGCCCUGGCAGGGGCAAGGGGGGCAAGGGCGCGGGUGGAACUGGCGGGGGCGGUGGAGGUGGCGGUGGAGGCGGCGGAGGGAGUGGGGGUGGCGGUGGGAGUGGUGGCGGGGGCGGUGGUGGCGGUGGCAGCAGCGGAGGAGGAGGCGGUGGUGGCGGCAGCGGUGGGAGCGGAGGCAGCGGUGGUGGUGGAGGUGGAGGCGGCGGUGGCGGAGGGGGUGGAGCUGGUCGGGGUGGUGCCCCGCAGCGUAGCGGCUCUGGUGGUGGCCAGCGUCAGCAGCAGCAGCAGCAGCAGCGUUCGCGGGACAUCCCCCCGCCCCAGCAGCUCCGUGAGUGGUACACGCAGCGUCAGCGGGGUGGGGGUUUUGGUCCGUGCACCUACGUCCUUCGUUCCGGCGACCGCGCGGGUGAGCAGUGUGGGGGUGCCCACCCCACCCAGCGCUGCUUUGGCCGCCUGACGGACGCUUGGCGUCAGCAGUUCCCCGAGGCUAGUGAGAUUCCCCGUUGGGGAGAGCUGUCUAGGGCUGGCGUAGCUAUCUUUGAUCUUGACUUUGAUGCUAUCCUUGCUGCCAUGUAUGCUGUGACUAUUAGUGAGGAGGGUGACUGUUACCGGUGUUUCCCGCCCGACCCGGGCAUUGGUACUGCUGCGCUAGGUACUUCUGCGGCUGCUGCUCUAGGUGCCAGUGCGUCUGCACUCUCAGGUACUGGUGAGGCUGCGCUCUCAGGUACUGCGUCGGCUUCGGCCUCCCUCACCUUCACGCUUGACUCAGGGGCUUCUCGCUCCUUCUUUCGAGACCGCACCACACUCACGCCGCUUGGCCGGCCGGUUGCAGUCUCCCUGGCUGACCCCUCUGGGGGUCCUGUCCUCUCUCACUUCUCCACUGUCCUCCCGUGUCCGGCUGCCCCCUCGGGCACCUUGUCUGGUCUGUACCUCCCCUCGUUCUCGACGAACUUGGUGAGUGGUGCUGACCUGCAGGAUGCGGGGGUUCACCAGUUUACUCCUGCGAGUCAGCGGGUGACCCACUGCUCGGACGCCCGCACAGGCCGACACCUGGCCACGUUUUCGCGUCGGCCGGGGAGUCUCUACACCCUGACCACUGAGUCUCCUCCUGUCCCUGCGUCUGGCCAGGUAGCUGCGUCGGGUCAGGUGUUUUCUGCUGCGUCCAGGUCUGGUCCUGAGUCUGCCCCCUGCUCGUGUCGCCGCCUGUCUCAGGAGACUCUCCUGUGGCACCACCGUCUUGGCCACCCCUCCUUGCCUCGUCUUCGGGGCAUGGCUUCCCGGGCGGCUCCGGGCUGCCCCUCACUCCUCCCAGUUUCCCCCGACAGAGGCUCCUCUGCAGACGCUUCACAUGGACGUGUGGGGCCCGGCCCGCGUCCGUGGGCAGGGUCACGAGCGCUACUUCCUGCUGGUGGUUGA